CCCUUCGGAGAGUCUCAGUGAGCCCGCCCGCAGCCAGUCCUCCUUCCCCGGCGAGCUUUCACUUCAGAGAUGGCUGCGAAAGUGUGCAGAUCAGUCCUGCUCUUGUCCCGGAGCGGCGGAGCGUCGGCCGGCAGCCUCCCCGCACUCGUCGCCCCUUCCCAGCGGCACCAGCAGCACGUCAGACCGCAGCAGGUACUCUCGCCUCCGUUCACUCGCCAGACUGUCAGGAGAGCACAUGGUCUCCGGUCAACAGCUCACUCCACACUCUUCACUCAACCUCCCAAUGCCCUGUCUCCACAGGUUUGGAGGGGCUCUGCAUCAUGGCAUAGCCAGAGAAUGUUGUGUUCCCCCGCUGCUUCAAAUGAGGUGACAGUGGUGUAUCAGAACGGGCUGCCAGUCAUCUCGGUUAGUUUGCCAUCCAGGCGAGAACGCUGUCAGUUCACUCUCAAGCCUCUCAGCGACUGUGUGGGAGUUUUCUUGCAACAACUCCAAGCAGAGGACAGAGGCAUCGAUCGGGUAGCCAUUUACUCUACAGAUGGAGCCAGGGUUGCCUCCUCCACAGGUAUAGACAUCCUCCUAUUGGAUGAUUUCAAGCUGGUCAUCAACGACACCACGCAUCUCGUGCGGCCACCGAGGAGAGAGUUGCUGCCUCACGAGGAGACAGAACGGCUGAACGACGUGAAGUUCCUGGUGCAGCAGCUCUACACCACCCUGCGCAUCGAGGAGCACCAACUCACCAAAGAGCGUGAGCUGAUUGGACGACUGGAAGACCUCAACGCUCAGCUCCGCCCCCUUGAGAAGGUGAGGCAGGAGCUGAGUAGGAAGGCGGAGCGGCGCACCACCUGGGUGCUAUGGGGGGGCAUGGCGUACAUGGCCACCCAGUUCGGCAUCCUGGCCAGACUGACCUGGUGGGAGUACUCUUGGGAUAUCAUGGAACCCGUCACCUACUUCAUCACAUACGGCACAGCCAUGGCCAUGUAUGCCUAUUUUGUGCUCACACGCCAGGAGUACUUGUACCCCGAUGCCAGAGACCGCCAGUAUCUGCUCUUCCUCCACAAGGGGGUGAAAAGGACACGCUUUGACAUUGAGAAGUACAACAAGCUGAAAGAUGACAUCUCUGAGGUGGAAUUGGAUCUGAAGCGUCUUAGGGACCCGCUUCAGCUUCAGCUCCCAGUUCAACAGCUCAAUAGUGGAAAAGAUUGAUGGAAGGAGUAACUUCCCUCUCCUCCCAGCGUCCCCUUUUUCUACCCUUCUCCAACCCCAUCCGUCUCCCCUCCCCCUUGCCUUACACCCAAACUACACAGCAGUCCCGCAUCGUCCUCUUCGGAGUGGGACUUUUGCCCUCUUUUCUUUUCCCUGACUGAACCAACUGUUGGGAAUUGCAAUCGAAAAUCACAAGAGCUGAAAACAAAAACAAACAAAAAAAUUACGAAUGGCAACGCUACUCUCUGAUUGGACAACCUGCAGUGAAGCUGAAGGGCAAACAGGAAGUACUACCUUGACACUCCAGGAGAGAGCAUAUGCAAAGGGGACGCCAUUGCUGUGUGUGUGUGUGUGUGUGUGACCUGCAGGCGACACCCAACCUUUGUGAGUGUGAGUUAACACACACACACACUUGUUGGGAGCAUCCAUCCCAAAUAUUAAAGUUUACAAACAAGUCUUGGCUCCCCCCCUCCUCCGGCUUUGGCUCAAAGAGGGCGUCAUCUUCCUGUGGCUGAACGCUGCUGCCUCGCCACACUUUGGCCACGCCUCCUCUUCAGUCUGACGGACAGCCGUCCUUCCCCACGUGACCUUUUUCGACAGGAGUCCGCCUCGCAGCCACAUCUCCUCCUGCGGCAAGUAUGAGAGAUAUUCUAUCGACAACAACAUCACUGUGUGUUCUUUUAUUCCAAAAAAGGAAAAAUUGAAAAAAAAAUAUUUUGGCACUUUUUAUUUUGAAAGCCAUAGUAUAUUUGUUAUGAAGUAAAUAUAAAGCUAUAUGUAUACAAUCAAAUAAACGGAUGACCAGAAGCUAGUUGUUUACCAGUGGGGGGAGGAACAUCAUGUGAAGGAUCCAUCACUUUGUCAUGUACUGUACAUACAUUCAAUACAUCAUAUUAAGUUCCACAAUAACACAUUUCUAUUUGCCUGCAUACAAAUUAAGGGACAUUUUUGUUCGGAUUUUCUCUCAAAAAGGACUUUUCUCCCCCCCGCUGUCGUUGUGCCGCCUCCCUGCUCCCUCCGUGGCGAGGCAGGCUAGACUGCAUGCUGUGGUUGUACGCCCUCAGUAGAAAUUGUGAGUGUUAGGAGCGUUUCGAGGCAUUUUCUACUCAAUUGGACACUUCUUUGACUCGUAUAGCUUGUAGUGUGAGGCAGUCACAUCCCCUGAUUGGUGAAAGGAGCCAAAUUGUUAUUAUGUCUAUUUAGGACACAUUUUUCAUGUGUUUUUUUUUUUUUUUUUUUUCCUGUAAGUGAGGGUUGAUGGCCCUCUCUCUGACUCUUUGGUCAAUGCCUCUGCAAAAUACAAAGGAGUAUUAGGGCUGCACUGAAAAACAGAACAAAGUCAUAUUUUAACAACAACCAAGAAUUUACUUUGCUGGAAAAUCAAGUGUUCAUAGAAUGAGGAAAGUCUUUUUUCCACAUUUUAUUUACAUAAGAGUUGUUGAGGAAAAAAAGUAAUAGUAAAAUAGUCAUACUGUAAAAACAAUAAAAAUAAUUCUGCAUGGGAAAAGUAGCAAUUUUGUGUUAAUAAAUUCUUAUAAGGGGGAAAAUAAUUUUUUCCACAUUGUAUCAAUCAAUAUAUUUACAUUUUAUGAAUAUAAGUUUUGCAGAAAAGGUGGCUUGAGAAAAAGACAAAGUUGUAAUAUUUCCAGAAUAGUCAUACUUUGAAGGACAACAAAAGUCAUUCUGUAGGACAACAAAUAUUAGGAGGAAAUAGUGAUAAGUUUGCGUUAAUAAAUUGUUACAUUGUAAGGACGAAAUUAUUUUCUUCCCCAUAUUUUAUGAACAUAAUAUUUCCAAUUUUACAAAAAAUAAUGAUUGGAACGGGGGUGGGGAAUUAUAUUUCAAGAAUACUGUAAAGAAAAUUAAAGUCAUUUUGCAACUAGUAUGAGGAAAAGGUAGUCAUUUUGCAUUAAUAAAUUGUGUUCUGGGGAUAAAAGUUUUUUCCUCCCAACAUUUAUUGAGAUUAACACUACAAAGGAAAAAAAAGUUGUUUGAGGCAAAACAAGGUCAUAAUAUUUCCGGGAUGGUGCUACCGUUAGAACAAAAGUAAAUUUUGCCGGGAUAAAAUAUAGUGAGGAAAAAGUUUUGAUUUUGUAUAAAUGUAUACAUCAUGAGAAAUAAACAAAUAGAGUUACAAUUUUCGGGAAAAAGUGGUUAAGUGAGAGAAAAAAAAGUUGUAAUACUUAAAAAUAAAUGAAUCCCAUAGGGAAACAAAAGUAUUUUUGAAGGAAAUAAAACAUAUUAGGGACAUGUAAUAAGAUUGCGUUAAUAAAUUGUUUAAAAAAAAAGAUAAUGUCUUGUAAUAUUUUGAAAAUAAAGUCAGAAAAGUACUGUAAUUUUGCUGUGAAAGAUAUUAUAAAAAAUAUUUAUAUGGAAAUAGACCAAUUCAAAUUUGGUCCUGAUAUGAAAAGAGAGUUUUUAGGACAGAUAUUUAAAAAAAAAAGUUGUAACUUGUGAGAACGAAGGUACGUUGCUAAAUUUGUAUUAAUAAGGAUCAUAUGACCCAAAUUAACCAUAUAACAAUAUUUUCAUUAUUACAUGUCAAGUCUGUGGUGCGGAAAUUUCGGCAUUCCUCUAAAUAACAUUUUAUGGCAGGAUUACACAUUAAUCGUCCAAAAAAUGUUUUCCUCACAAUAUUACAUUUUCACAAUUUUACUUAUUUCCUUUUUGGGUUACUUGUUUUUUCUUCUCAGUGUGUCCCUAAUGCCCUUUCCACAAAAAGGUUUAAACACACUUUUCUGUGCGCGUUGGCUCCAUCCUACUAUUAGAUAUUUUGCGUUGAACAAGACUUCCUAUUAGAGUGCAUGCAUUUCGGGAUCUAAUCAAGGUUAACUGUGCGGAUCUUGCAGCAGGAAUCGGUCUCAUGCGUUCAGAGUGUGUGCGUGCGUUGUCUUUUGGGAUGCUGGGGAAGAAGGAUUUGAACUGUUGACAAGGAAGCAGUCAAAAGGUCAUUAUAGCCAUGAGACCAUCAUUAAAGACUGUUAUAUUUGGAGUCUAUCUUUUUGCUACUUGUCAAUAGUGAUUAACGUGUCUUCUACUAUCAUCCCAAUGACUACCAACUUUUGUUACUGAAAAUACAGGAAUGUAUUUUACAAACACUCCCUGUGAAUCUCGCCGUCAAUCAUUUAUUUCCCUUUGCCCUCCCUUCAUGUGUUUUAAACAUCUAAAUACAUCAAAUAUAGACCUUUAUUAUAACGAGGGUGUUGCAUGAAUGUAUGUUAACAUGGGAAAUAAUGUAAAAUAAAAACAAGAUUUAUAGAAAUUAAAAGACAAAAAGAGGCGAUUUAAGGAUGUUUGUUGUUUUGGGCAGUAGACAGGGCUGCGUGUUUUAAAUAAAGACACGAGCCAAACUUGAUGCUCAUUAACCAUCCAGCUCGUCAUCACCUCAACUUCUGUUCAUUUUCUUCUCACUCUCACUCCGCUUCCAUGCAUUUCUGCUCCUGUGAUUCCAAUCCAUCCUCAGUGCAGCACUGAAGAGGCUCUUAAAGAGUCUCUGCUGACCUUACGCACUAACGUCCUGCUUCUGACCCAAAAGGAAAAAAAAGGCAGGUGCCCCGCGUUAGCUUUCAUGUUUUGAAUGCGUGUUUUUUGAAAUUCUGGUGUGCACUUAUAAUGAAAUAUGUUUAAAAGAGUGAAGCAUAUGUACGCCAUACUUUUUUUUUUUCUUCUUUUUUUUUUUUAAGUUUCUGUUGACAUGAUGCUGUAAUAUUGGCAACAACAAAAUAGAAUGUGUAAAAUGCUGUAUCAUUUAUGAAAUAUGUAUAAAAGAGAAAUGUAAUUCAAUUAUCAAUAAAAUCCUUAUCCAGGUUUUGGA